CUACUGCUGUCCAAUACUACCACCAUGUUCUUUCCCGUGCCCGACCUGCUUCGUCCUACCGCUUAUGCGAUUGACUUGACACAAAUGCUUGUCAUAAUCUUCGCCUUGACUGCGAUAAUAUUUCUUCGAGUAGUCUAUCUACUUCAUUUCCAUCCCUUGGCUAAAUUCCCCGGACCGAGGGCUGCUGCCCUUUCUCGCCGCUGGCUUUAUGGCAUCUCGGUCAAGGGAUAUCCCGAAGAAGAUAUCGCGAGGCUGCACGAGCGAUAUGGAUCACAUGCCGUUCGUAUCGCACCUAACGAGCUACACCUGUCCGACACUCGUCUCUACAAAACGAUCUAUACCUCGAACCACCGAUACCUCAAGAACCCCGAUUUCUACAAAACCUUUCCAUCCCCUUCAAGUUUAUUCACUACAGAAGAUCCCGCUGUGCAUAAAAUGCUUAGGCGUAGAUUUGCACCAUAUAUGUCGCAAAAUUCCGUAGCUAAAGCACAGCCCACGAUCAUCGCCUCCUUACAGGAUCUCGCGCGAAAGGUUGAGGCUCGAGGCUACGAGCAUCCCGUCAAUAUGUACAAGUGGUGUAGAUGCUUUCCAGCUGAUGUGAUCGUCAAGUUGGUUUUUGGGCAGAGCGACAUCAUCGCUAACUGCGACGAUGAUCUCAACACCCCACUGUUGGAGGCAUUCGACGCUUCGACUACGACGAGCUGGUUACGCGCAUACCAUCCUACUAUUCGAUGGCUACAAGACCUCGUUCCCAUCGGUAUCGGUGCCACGUUUAGCAAGAAUCUCCAGAAGAUCAAGAAAUUUGCCGAUCUGUCCGCCCGUGAAGUCAAGAAUUAUCGGUCCUUGAAAAGCGUGGACAAAACCGACACCCCUGUAAUCGCUACGCUUGAGGAUCUGCCAGAGUGGCAAAUCAGGUCUAACGCUAGCACUUUAAUUGCGGGCGGCUCGGACACAACGGGAUUCACUUUGGCCUUCGCUACGUGGUCUCUCUUGCAAGAUCCAGCUCUAGUUGCCCGGCUUAUUACAGAGCUUGAUGCCAUGUUUGACGCCGCGGCACCCGAGGAGCCAUCGCUCGCGGCCCUUCAGGCUGCGCCGGUUCUUGGUGCAGUGAUUUCUGAGUCCUUGAGGUGUGGGCUCGCCGUGUCGGGGCGGCUUCCGCGCAUCGUUCCUUCCGAUGCCAACCUAGUAGUCGAUGGCCAACUCGUGCCGGCUGGCACUGUCAUCGGCAUGUCCGCCUACACCAUGCAUAUGAGCGAAGACAUCUGGGGGUCUGACGCCGCAAUUUUCAAUCCUGAGCGCUGGAUUACGGGCACAGCCAGUGCGAGUGAUCUUGUCAUAUUUUCCAAGGGUGUGCGGAAUUGCAUCGGCCAGUCGCUCGCCACGACCGAGCUAUACGUGGCCACGGCAUUUCUGUUCCGCCGGUACGAGAUGAAGAUUGUCGGCGGCCCUUCGCAUUGGACGUCAAGCGAUCGUUUCACGAGCGAAGCUGAACCUUACUGGGUGAAGAUGAAGCCAAGGAACAUCGACUUACCACUAACUAAGGAACAGUUGCAGUAGGCGACAUGUUACCGAAAUUUCGGGAUUUUACCUCUUAUGUGGCAUUUGUGGUCUGUCGGCGUGACUUGUCACUAUCUGGCAUUCCAAACUCAUGAUUCACAGGAAAAUCAGAAGCACGACACGAGCAAGGCAGGUCGCCAAAAGAUGGGAGUCAUUUUUGUGCGGCAUCUUUUCUUCGGCGUGCUGCCGGAGAUCCAAACGAUAUUAUCUCGAUGCCUCCUUUUAUGUUCAUAAUUUAUGCUAUGCAG